AUUUCACAAUCCUAGCCUAGAAGAGACCCACGAUAUAUCAAACUCAUAUGAUUAUGAUGACUAUGAUAUAUUCAAAUCAAGAUACCCUCAAGAGAAAAGGAAAAAAAUUUCAAUUUUCAACCCCAUCACAAUUCAACUAUUCUUAGCUUUGAAGUUUGAGCUCAAACUCCAACAUUCCAAACUUGCAUAGAGAUAAAAAUCUAAUCUUUUAAGAUAAAGAGAAAAACAAAAGAUAGAUUUUUGGUGAGGUGUAAAGAGUAAAAAAAAAAAAACUUUGCAACUCUGUUUUGUUCUUUUUUGUGUGUUAAUAUGAGUAACUGGUUGGGUUUUUCUCUUACUCCACACUUAAGGAUUGAUGAAGAAUUUGGAAGAGAAAAUCAAGAACAUGUAGGAGAAGGUGAAGAAAGAGGAACCUAUGUUGUUCCUCCUUCUUCUCAUCAUCAUCCUCAUCACUUUUCUGUUAUGCCUUUGCGUUCUGAUGGUUCACUUUGUGUUUCUGAUUCCUUUAGACACUCUGUUACACCUCAAGAAUGGAGAUAUGAUAAUGCAAUAACUGGUGGAAAUUCAAAUGAAGAAGGACCAAAACUUGAAGAUUUUUUGGGAUGUUACUCAAAUUCUUCACUAGCUGAAACAAAAGUCUUUUGUUCACAACAUGACCAAAACCAAAAUAGUACUAAUUCUAAAAUCAAUGUUAAUGUGGCACCAAGUUUUUGCACUAAUAAUAACAACACAGAAAUUGAAACUAGGGAGAAUCUCACAAACCAAUCUUCAUUGAUUCACUCUUUCCAUGCAUAUAAUGAUAACAACAACAAUAAUCAACAUGCCUUAAUCUCAAAUAAUAAUAGCAUGUACAAGUCUUGGAUGAUUCAAUCUCAAUUUUCUGAUGGGAAAAAUUGUAAUGAGGCAAAUGGGUCAUGUAAUUUUCAAUCACUUAACUUGACUAUGAGUCCAAGUGUGCAAAAUGGGGUUGUUGGUGUUGGUGCAAUUUCUAAUGUUCAGGUGAAUGAAGAUCCUAGAAAAAGGUCUUUGUCAAAAUCUAAUGCUAGAGAACCUGUCCCUCGAAAAUCUAUUGAUACUUUUGGACAGAGAACUUCUCAAUACCGUGGUGUUACUAGGCAUAGAUGGACUGGGAGAUAUGAGGCCCAUUUGUGGGAUAAUAGCUGCAGAAAAGAAGGGCAAACUAGGAAAGGAAGACAAGUUUACCUUGGUGGUUAUGACAAGGAAGAAAAAGCAGCAAAGGCUUAUGACUUAGCUGCACUGAAGUAUUGGGGUCCUACAACUCACAUAAAUUUCCCUUUAAGCACUUAUGAAAAGGAACUUGAAGAAAUGAAGAACAUGACAAGGCAAGAAUUUGUGGCCAAUUUAAGAAGGAAGAGCAGUGGAUUUUCAAGAGGUGCAUCUGUGUAUAGAGGUGUGACAAGACACCAUCAACAUGGAAGGUGGCAGGCUAGGAUUGGAAGGGUUGCAGGAAACAAGGACUUGUAUCUUGGUACAUUUAGCACACAAGAGGAGGCUGCAGAAGCAUAUGAUAUUGCAGCAAUUAAAUUCAGGGGAACAAGUGCUGUGACCAACUUUGACAUAAGUAGGUAUGAUGUGAAGAGAAUUUGCUCAAGCUCAACUCUAAUUGCCGGAGAUCUUGCGAAACGGUCACCUAAAGACUCAGCUCCUGCAGUCAUUACCGAGGACUUCAAUUCGUGCGGAAGCUCGUCGACACCUUCUCAGCCGCCUCCUAUGACAAUCACCGAUAGCAAACAACAUUCCGAUGAAUUGUCCAACAUGGUGUGGAAUUCAAACAGCGACGAGCAACAUCAUAACGAGUGCGGAAACACCAACAUCACCGAAUCGUCGCUGCAAGGUUCACCUAGCAACAAGAAUGAAAUGAAUCCUCAAAGUCCUAAAUGUGCUGUUGGAAUUCCUAAUGAAUUUGGAGUGAGUGGAACAGAUUAUGGACAUGGUUACUUCAACCUUCAUGGACCAAAAUUUGAUGAUGGAAACAAUGAAAAUGAUCACAUGAACAACAAUAGGCUUGGAAAUUUGGGUUUGGUUAAUCAAGUUCCUAUGUUUGCUUUGUGGAAUGAAUGAAUGAAUGAAGGGAAUGUUUGAGACACAUUAAAAAUAUUAUUAUUAGCUUAGGAAAAACUAAGAUAUGAUGUCAGAAUAUUAUUAUUGAAUGAAUUAUUGUUGUUUGGUAUA